AUGCCUCGGAGGGAGCCAGCUGGCUGCAUCCUUCUUCUCACAUUCCUGGGUCUGUCUGGGCUGGUUGGUGCAGUUACCAGAACAUACUACAUUGGAAUUGUGGAAGAGUACUGGAACUAUGUACCCCAAGGAAAGGAUGUUAUUACUGGCAAAAGUUUCUCAGAAGACAAACUUGCAACCUUAUUUCUUGAAAGAGGGCCCAACAGGAUAGGCGGCAUUUACAAAAAGGCUGUCUACAGACACUUCACAGAUGGAACCUACUCCACAGAGAUUCCCAAACCCCCGUGGCUUGGAUUCCUGGGCCCCAUCCUGAGGGCUGAAGUAGGUGAUGUGAUUGUCAUUCAUUUACGGAACUUUGCUUCCCGACCUUACUCAUUGCAUCCACAUGGCGUUUUCUACAACAAAGAUUCGGAAGGAGCCCUGUAUCCUGAUGGAACAUCUGGAAGGAACAAGGAUGAUGAUAUGGUUCCUCCUGGCAAAAACUACACCUACGUCUGGCCAGUGAGAGAAGAAUAUGCACCUACUCCAGCAGAUGCCAACUGCCUGACGUGGGUGUACCAUUCACACAUCGAUGCACCUAAGGACAUCUGCUCUGGGCUGAUUGGCCCCCUGCUGGUGUGUAAGAGAGGUAUCCUGAAUAGAUAUUCAGGAACCAGGACUGAUGUGGAUCAAGAGUUCGUUAUAAUGUUUACUCUAGUGGAUGAGAAUCAAAGCUGGUACCUUGAUGAAAACAUCAGGCAUUUCUGCACUGAUCCCAAUUCAGUUGAUAAAAAAGAUGCUGUUUUCCAGAGGAGUAACAAGAUGCAUGCUCUCAAUGGGUACCUCUUUGGAAACUUCCCUGAGCCUGAAAUGUGUGUGGGUGAAUCUGUGUCCUGGCACCUGUUUGGAAUGGGGAAUGAGAUAGACAUCCACUCCAUCUAUUUCUAUGGCAACACCUUCAUCAGCAGAGGGCAUCGGACAGAUGUUGUGAACCUGUUCCCAGCCACCUUCCUCACAGCAGAAAUGAUAGUGGAGAACCCUGGAAAGUGGAUGAUAACCUGCCAAGUCAGCGACCACCUGCAAGCUGGUAUGCUGGGCCAAUACAAUGUUGGUAACUGCAAAAGCAAUGUCUCUCACUCUAACGUGAAGGGUCAUCAAAGGCGCUACUUCAUAGCAGCUGAGAAGGUUCUUUGGGAUUAUGGUCCUCAAGGGUAUGACAAAUUUAGUGGUCUUCCCCUGAAUGCUUCUGGCAGUAACUCAGAGUUCUACUUCAAGCAAGGGAACAACCGAAUAGGAGGGAAAUAUUGGAAGGCUCAGUAUGUGGAAUAUGUUGAUGCAACUUUUACUCAAAGAAAGAAACCCUCUGACACAGAAGCCCAUCUUGGAAUUCUUGGCCCAGUCAUCAGGGCAGAGGUGGGUGACACCAUAUUAGUGACAUUUGCCAACAAAGCUGACAAGGUCUACAGUAUUCUGCCCCAUGGUGUGUUCUAUGACAAGGCAUCUGAUGCAGCCCCAAAUGUAGAUGGAUUCCUGAAACCAGGAGCACACGUUAAACCAGGUGAAACCUUCACAUACAGGUGGACAGUGCCUGAAGGUGUAAGCCCCACAGCUGAGGAUCCUCCCUGUCUGACCUAUGUGUACUUCUCAGCAGUUCAGCCAAUUAAGGACACCAGCUCUGGCCUUGUGGGGCCUUUGCUAGUCUGCAAAAGGGGCAGUCUCAAUGCUGAUGGGACACAGAAAGGAAUAGACAAGGAAUUCCACCUACUGUUUACAGUGUUUGAUGAAAAUCUGAGCAGGUAUGUUGAUGAAAAUAUUCAGAGGUUUGCCUGGCGUCCAUACAGCGUGGACAAAGAAGACAAGAAGUUUGUGGAAUCCAACAAAAUGCAUGCUGUUAAUGGUUAUAUGUAUGGCAACCUGCCAGGCCUAAGCAUGUGCAAAAAGGACAGAGUUUCCUGGCAUCUGAUUGGAAUGGGCACUGACACCGACAUGCACGGAGUUUAUUUUCAAGGGAACACGAUUCACCUGCGAGGGACUCACCGUGACUCCCUGGCUCUGUUCCCACAUGUGUCCACCACUGCAUUCAUGCAGCCAGACCAUGCAGGUAUUUUCAAGGUGUUUUGUUCCACUUUGCACCACUUCAUCAGGGGCAUGGGUCAAAUCUAUGAGGUCAACAGUUGUGGCAACAAGGACCCUUCUGAGCAGCCAUAUGGGAUGAUAAGAACCUUUUACAUCGCUGCUGAAGAGGUAGAAUGGGAUUAUGCCCCUAACAAAAACUGGGAGUUCGAAAAGCAGCACUUGGACGCAGGAGGGGAAAGACAUGGAGACAUAUUCAUGAAUCACACUGAAAACUGGAUUGGCUCUCAGUACAAGAAAGUUGUGUACCGGGAGUAUACAGAUGGAGAAUUUGUGGAAAUCAAGGCCCGACCACCGCGAGAACAACACUUAGAACUCCUGGGCCCAAUGAUUCACGCUGAGGUGGGCGACUCCAUCCUGAUCAUAUUUAAGAACAAGGCCAGCCGGCCCUACUCCAUCUCAGCCCAGGGUGUAGAGGACAUGGACAGUGGGAAGCGACUUCAGGUGCCUGUCACACAGCCAGGAGAAAUAAAAACUUACAGAUGGAAUGUCCCUAAAAGAUCUGGUCCAGGACCCUCUGAUCCCAAUUGUAUCCCAUGGGUUUACUAUUCAACAGUAAACUUUGUGAAGGAUACGUACAGUGGUUUGAUGGGUCCUCUAAUUACCUGUCGAGAGGGAGUGCUGAAUGAAAAGGGAAGAAGGAGUGAUGUCGACUACGAGUUUGCACUCUUGUUUUUGGUGGUAGAUGAGAAUGAAUCCUGGUACCUGGAUGACAAUAUUAAGAAAUAUCUCAACAAAGAUCCACGAGACUUUAAGCGCAGUGAAGAUUUUGAGGAGAGCAACAAAAUGCAUGCCAUUAAUGGGAAGAUUUUUGGGAAUCUUCAUGGCCUCAUAAUGAAUGAAGACACAAUGACAAACUGGUAUUUGUUAGGCAUAGGAAGUGAAGUGGACAUCCACACCAUCCAUUAUCAUGCCGAGAGCUUUCUCUUCAAGAUAGAUAAAUCUUACCGAGAAGAUGUGUAUGAUCUCUUUCCUGGGACCUUCCAAACCAUUGAACUCUUUGCGGAUCACCCAGGGACAUGGCUGCUCCAUUGUCAUGUGUCUGACCACAUCCAUGCUGGCAUGGAGACAACCUACACCGUCCUCCGAAACAUAGAUAACAGGGUUCCUUACUCUACCAAGUCUCCCUCGGGAGGAGCACCGCAUGCAGACACAGUGUCUCCCAAUGAACAACCUGGCACGGGGAUGCUGUAUUUCUUCGGCAGGAAUCUGGGUCCGAGAGGAGCCAAGGCAGCCUUGGUUAUCCUUUUCAUCAUAGGACUCUUCCUCCUGAUAGCCACUGUGGCUCUCUUCCUCCGACUCCGCUCCGUGAGGAGUCAGGUGGCUUACCAGGAAGUACAGACUUGUGCACUCCCCACUGAUGCUCUGUGAAACAUCUGGUCUUGCUAGGCAGGAAGCCGGGAGGAUCCCUAGCUGAAGAGCAGCCAGCAAAGAAACACUGGACCAAGGCUUUUUCACCAAGAAAGUCUGACAGCAUAUCCUGGGGUCAGGUUUCUGAUCUUCUGGAACAUCAUUCAAACUAACCUGCUUUUAUUUAUUUAUUUUCAAAUGGGCUGUGAAUAGUCCUCAGGUAUACAAGAAAAGGAGAAUGUGUGGGACUGACUGAAAAAAGCCAAUGCUUAGUCUGUUCUCUAAACAAAUUUGUUGAAGUAGGAGAUGCUCUGAAAGACAUUUUAUAUAUGCCAUCUUUCAUACUGCUUACACACAAUGCUCCCUCAGCUGAUUAUCAAGAUCUCUAAGUGCACAACUUCUAGAGUUUUAGUGCUUCAGCACCUCACCGCAACGGCACAAUCCUGUUAUGUGAGAUGCUUCCUUUAGUUGUACUGGGGAAAAAAAUCACUCUCUAAAGUCUUCAUGUAAAUGUCUUAGUUAGAAGUCACUGACAGAAGUGUACCAAAUGAAGUUUCUUGAGGCUUUAUCCAGCUCUUCCGGCCUUUUCUCCUCUAUAGAAAUAGCCUGUUCACUGUCACAAAGGCACUGUUACAAGCAUUAAGAAGCAAAUUGCUGCUGUUCCUAUGCAAACCCGUAGAAAUACUUCAAUGUUUACAACUCUCUUCAUGUUAUAUGUUUUCAUAGUGUGAUUUCAUGGCAAGGUUUGUUUUCUCCAAAACCAACCGCAGAAUCUGUAUUUCCAUUUCAGUUGAUGUCUGACCCUGGGUCAGACAGCCCCUCGGGCAGGUGAGUGUGCAGCUCUCCCAAGGGAGGAAAACAGCAGUGAGCCUGAGCUUGAUCUUGAGUUUAAUUCUUUCCAAGUCUCCAUUCUUUGGCACAACACCAACCUAAUCAGUGAGAAACCGCAGGAGGAAUUCAUCAAAGCAGCUGACUGGGCUGGUAGAGAGGGUAUGUCUCAAUGAUAGAUUCCAGACCCUCUCUUUAAAAGCCCCUUGGGGGAGGAGACAACAAAGGCAAGAAAAUGCCAGAAAUGGAGUCUCGCUGGCACUUCUGAAAUCAUUAAAUCAGCUUUUGCAAUACAAAAAUCAAAUACUGAACAACAAAUUUCAACCUUUUAUGAGAAUCCACACUCUCUAUAGGCAAGCCUAGACUUUAGGUGUAAGAUAGAUGAAACCAACAUUGUUUACACUAGGCAGAGAAAUUGCUCUUAGCUCAGGGUAAGAUGGGAUGCUAAUGUCAGAUGAAUGAUGUUAGUGCACCUGCCUUAGCUGUAGGUCAUUUGAAUGUCCAGGUGGAUGAGUAGGACCUAAUAAGUACUCUGGUGGAGGGACCUUUCACACUUUCUCAGCUCUUCAUCUGGGUGAGGGAAAAUGGGUAAUUUGAUAGAAGCUAUCCUCUUAUUUAGAACAGAAUGCAAAUACUAACAGUUCAGUUCAUGGUCUGCUUGACUGCCAUAUCAAUCAGGGUAUCCAAAGGAUUUUGAAUCUCAGCGUGUUAACCACUGGCAAUGUGAUUGUGUAGUCCACACUCUACAGUUUUCAUACAUGUGUAGACUGUGUAAUUACAUAACAAUGAAUCUGAUACAUGUCUUAUUUAUUACUCAUCUUUAGUAAGACAACAUGGUUUAGUUGUAAGGUUUUUUUCCUUUUUAGUUUAUUUUUUUAAUGAAAAUGAAAAUAAGGUAGU